AUCAUGUCUGAUCCGAACUGCCCGGUUUCGCGUUGCAUUGUUCGGUGUUCCUCGUUUUGUACGUCUCCCUGUCCGCCACCGCAGAUUUCUCCAGAUCCCAGUUAUCCCUGUCCAACUCCUUGCGGUAUCAUCGCGUGCUCUAAACCCGUUCCGGAUGUUCAUCGACCCAAAGUCACCUGCAAGGCCUACUUCCCCUCUAUAGAACCGAUAAAGUCCGUCAGAUUUGCACCAGCAGCUUGUCCUCCUCACUGUUGCACGGAAUGGACAAAUUUGGCGUAUCGUCCGAUAUAUCAAGGCGGCUUUUGCUACCGAGGAGUCGAUAAGCUUGUACCGAUCGGUCCACCACCAGGUCCUCCAUCACUCUGUCGUCCGACGCCCAUCAAGCCAUCGGAACGUCCUGGAAUGAUCGUUUAUAGCGCUCCUUAAUUUCGUACUUGAAAAUUGCACGAAGGGGAAAACCAUCUCUGGAUGUCGUGGUUGAGAUCUUAAAGCGCUGAAGAUCAUUCAAAGUUAUUAAUAGAUGCCGAAGCGGGUCGUCCGUCUUGUAGCUUUCACGUUUUAAAGUCUUGUUCUUCAGUUUUAACGCAUGUCGUAGGAUCGCCCCGGACAAGCGAGGGACAACUAUGGAGCUUAAGAUAAACGCAUCUCACAAUGAUCACGUUCGUCCACCUGAUCGUGCGCGAACCUUGAUGCACGUGAUGCACGUUUUAUCUGGAAUAUCAAUCAAGAAUGACAUCGAACACGAUUUUAUCUAUUAGGUAAUUCUUUCUUUGGUAGAUAUUCAACUGUCGUAUAAAGGACAUGGCGUUUCGUCUAUUUUUCCAUUCAUCCGACCCUUAAGGUCAUACGUCUCCUAAAUAAAAAAGGACUCUUCAUUUUAUCGUCGAGAAACGUAUUGUGUCUUUCGGCUACGUACGUUGUUCGCAGUAAAUUCAUGUUCUCCAUAAAACACUCGAUAGAAUUUCAAAAGACUUUUUCUUUUACUUUCUACUUGUAAACGGAACACGCGAAGAGACGGUAUUACGUUGUAUAAAUAUCCACGUGAAUUCUCGCGUUCGCGAUCGUGUUAACAACCUCGGAGUACGCGGAGUACCUUAAAGACAACGGAAGUAUAUAAUACAUCGCGUAUUAACGACUGGAACAUUCGACACCGAAAAUCUUCGGGUCAUUGCCGUCCGUUACACGAUGGUCUUGCAGUUUAUGACCACAAUUCAAAUUUCGAAACGUUCUUUAAUACCCUGUGGCCGGAUCCUCUGAAACGGGGACUACCUUGCGGGGGUAUAAAAAUUCUUCUGCGAUGACAUCAGGAUAUUCGGAACACUUUUCUGCACUCCGAUGUGCUGCUUAUUGGCAUAAGAUCUUCCCGCACAGAGCGCGGUUGUAUUUACGGAAUGAAUCAUGGUUGUAAAUUAACCAACGGAUAGGUGAAGUCAUAUUCUCAUACGGCUUUCAAGUAUAACUCGAUGUACUUCGACUUAUUGUUAAACUGCGGUUGAUGCUGCGUUACAACGCGCGGCAGUAAAUCUUCACGUAUGAUUUUUAUUCAGGACAUUUUUAUGCGACUAUUAAAGAUCCUAGAACAAACAGUAUAUGAUUUUCGUUUUUUUUUUUUUCUUUUCUCUUGGAUUUCUAGCUGUAGGAGGAGUCCUGUAACUUUAAAACAGUUGUUAAUAAAAGAUAAAGAAAAUCAAUUACAUAAUAUGUAUAACUACUUUUAGUACAAUAAUACAUAAUAUAUAUUUCAUUACUAUGAACUUGAGAUUCUUUAUACAAUUUCAUAUUAUCUUUCUAUCCAUACUAUAUACUGCUUAAGAUUGUUGGUAAAAAAACCUUAAGCUCUUAUAGUGUUUUUUUUUUUUUGUUUUUCAUAUAGUAAUACAAUGCUUUUUCAGCAUAUACAUGACAUAUCUAAAUUUCGCCAUUA